CUCUGCUUCCGCGUAGCAGCCCCGGGAGCUGGAGCCGAAGUGGGAUUCAGAGUGCCGGCCGGCGGUGAGGCCGGGGCAGCAGCUGGCGGCCGGGGUCAGGGCAGGAACCUGGACUGAGGCGGCGGGCGCUGCGUCCCUGCAAGAUGGACGGAACAGAAGGCAAUGGGGGGCAACCCGGCCCCGCUGAUCGGUCCCAUCGAAGCAGCGUGUCCUCCGUGGGAGUCCGAGCAGCCGACGUGCUGGUGUACCUGGCGGAUGACACAAUGGUGCCCCUGGCCGUGGAGAACCUGCCCUCGCUCACUGCCCAUGAGCUGCAUCAGGCCGUCCGUGAGGUCCUGCAGCUCCCGGAUGUUGCCCUGGAUGCCUUUGCGCUCUGGCUUGUCUCCCCUCUGCUGGAGGUGCAGCUGAAGCCCAAGCACCAGCCCUACAAGCUGGGCCGCCAGUGGCAGGAACUGCUGCUGCGAUUCACCGACGCUCCGGACGAUGACGUGGCCAUGGGUCAGUGCUGCUGCCUGUGCGUCCCUGUCUCGGGCCCACCGGGGUCUGGAGCACGGACCCCGGGCCCAGCCAGGCCUCCCCUGGCAGAUGAGCCUUCCCUGCAGUUCCGGAGGAACGUGUUUUUCCCCAAACGGCGGGAGCUCCAGAUCCAUGACAAGGAGGUCCUGCGGCUGCUCUACGAGGAGGCCAAGGGCAACGUGCUGGCCGCUCGGUACCCAUGCGACGUGGAGGACUGCGAGGCCCUGGGUGCCCUGGUGUGCCGUGUGCAGCUUGGGCCCUACCAGCCUGGCCAGCCCACUGCCUGUGCCCUGAGGGAGAAGCUGGACUCCUUCCUCCCUGCCCACCUCUGUAAGCGGGGCCACGGGCUCUUCGCUGCCCUCCGGGGCCGUGGGACCAAGGCCGGAACUGGCGAGCAGGGCCUGCUGAACGCCUACCGCAGGGUGAAGGAGGUAGCCGGCAGCGAGAGCGAGCACGAGGCCUCCCUCAGCCCCCACUACCGCGCCUACCUCCUCAAGUGCCACGAGCUGCCCUUCUACGGGUCUGCCUUCUUCCACGGCGAGAUUGACAAACCAGCCCAGGGCUUUUUGCACCGGGGAGGGCAAAAGCCAGUGUCUGUGGCCAUCAGUCUGGAGGGCGUGCACGUCAUUGACAGCAGGGAGAAGCACGUCCUGCUGGGCCUGCGCUUCCAGGAGCUGUCGUGGGACCACACCUCUCCCGAGGAGGAGGAGUCUGUCCUGUGGCUGGAGUUCGACGGGGACAAUGAGGGCACACCGGUCAACAAGCUCCUCAAGAUCUACUCCAAGCAGUUGUCUUGGCUGAUAGCACUGCCUCGGACCCCUGUUACAGUGGCCGAGCUGAUGAGCAGCCUCAUCGAGUACUGCAUCGAGCUGAGCCAGGCCGCGGAGCCCGCCACCCCUCAGGAGAGCGCGGCCGGCCCGGCCUCGGCCCCUGGCUCCUCACCACCCCCAACUCAACACCCCCAGCUGCGGAGGCAGGGCAGCGUGGUGUGCAGCCGGAUCCAGCAUCUCUCCACCAUCGACUACGUGGAGGAGGGUGAGCAGAUCAAGCGGGUGAAACCGAAGCGCAGCACGUCCUUCUUCAGCCGGCAACUCUCCCUGGGCCAGGGGAGCUACGCCAUGGUGCAGCCCACCGAGAGCCUGGAGCAGGGCUGAGGGCCGCAGUGCCUGGUGGGAGGGCGUGGGGACAGCCCCCGGACAUGGCCCAGCAUCAUGCUACCUGAGGGGGAGCGCUGGGAGGAGGGCAGCCUCAGCGUGUGGACAAGUCACUUCUGUACCCGGGACGCUGCCCGGGCUGCGCUGUGCAGAGCCAGCUGGGAGCAGCCGCAGGAUCCCUCCUGCAGCCUGCCUGCCCUCCCUCCGGACGCUGGGCCCCGCUGCAGUCUCAGGACCAAUCUGACCAGGCCCCGGCCGCCCCCUCCCACCCAGGGACUCGCCUUUGUGCCCCUCUCAAAACGGACAGUAUCCCCUGCCCUGAAGUCCCCGCUGGAGGCAGGUGUCCCCACUGGAGGAGGAAUAGGGCUCAGGACACUUGGGUGUACUAUGUGUCUUUGGUCUUUCCCCUGGACUUUGGUGACCACAUCCCUGCAUUCCUUCUGCUGCAUUCCAGCCCACACCACCAGGCUGGGACGUGGCCCUGCGGGGAGAGGGCAGGGGGCCUCCCUGGACUGAAACACAGCAGGAACAGAGAAGGUGAGGCCCCCACCAAGCCCUCCCCGGCUGGAUGAAACUGGAUGGCCCCUGCGCCCCUCACUCAGGCCUCUUUUGCGGGCAGGAGACACUCUGACCAGAAGGAAAGUGUGCUUGCUCAUCUUUGGUGAUGCCACUGUGCUGGGAGCUGGCUGUCCUGUGGACCAGCAAGUCCACUGGACCCACGGUCCACACCCGGAGGAGCUCCCAAACCCCCUUGGGCUUCAGGUUUUAGUUUUGAUCUUUCUUUGUCUGCUUUGGUUCCAUGAAGCCUGUGAACUUGGGCAACUCACAAGGUUGCUGCCACCAGCCUCAGAGCCACUGGCGCUCCUUCCAGGAUGGCGCUGUGGUUUCACCCAGCCUGAGCCAGGGGGCCGGCCCAUGCACGGGAAACCCCAGGACGGGAGUGGUCUCCUCCUUCCUGAGGACCUUGUAGGUAGGCUGGAUGUGGCCUGGGCAUGGCUCUUCCCACACCCGCCUGCCUUCCCCCAGAUGAGCUGGCCUCGGGGAGGGCCUCCCAGCCCUCGGGCUCCUCCGUGGUAGGUCCCUGGCUUUCAUGAGCGCUUCCUGGGACUUGAGGCAGUCCCAGCUCAGCACAGGCUUUGCUUUGUCUUCCCUUCCCCGGGGAGAAUGUGGGAGAGGAAAUGUGAACCUCUUGUCUCCGGAUUUCCGGUCACCUCCUUCUCUCUUGGUGACUCUCGAGCACUCCAGAUGUUUCGAGGUGGCUUGCCUUUCAGCCGUAGGGACUGUUAUCUGUCAAUACAUAGGCGUCUCCAGUCUUUUGGAACGUCCUAGCCGUAGGACACCUCAUCUCUCCUCCUGGAGCCCCUCCACGGCUCCCAGC